GCGGGACCUUCGCAACAUCUCCCCGACAAAAAAAAAAAGUGGAGGAGACUGCUCCAGCAAAUUGCUAAACCCACGUUGUCCUCUCUCUCGCUUCUUGUGUUUGCCCCCCUCCCCACAACACCACGCGCACACGCGCACGCUGUCAGUGCCGCUGCGCCUUUUCUCUUCCUCGUGUGGCGUUGCUGCCUUUGUCUCCUCCCCUUCCUUCCUUCCUCUCCUGUUGUGUGUGCUUGCUUGCUCCACGCAACACCGCACCCGCCUUUCCUCCCCCCCCCUGACUCUCCUCCACACCCAACAUCAGCUCCACACAAACGCAUUGUUUUGGUUUGCUUCGUCCCCCCCCUUAACACACACACUCUCUCUUCGUUGCUUGCCCCGCAGCGACAGCAACGCAUAGCAGCCUAAACUACAGCCACGCAGCAGCAGCAAUCGAAGCAGCCGCACGCACCACCGCUUGUUGUUCUUUCGUCUCUGCUUGAGAGAUAUCUCCCUCUUGCUGACUUGGCGCAAGUGCCAACGCACCUUUUCGCAUUCAACAGCCACCACACACACACACACACAUCCGCACGAUGAUGGAUCACAACGUCAGCGACACUUGCGUGGCCUCCGCAGCAGCCUGCGACGCCGGCAUGGCCGCCGAUCAAACUUUGCUGGGAGGCAUGAUGAUGGGCAUGACCGCGUCCGGCGUGUGGAACACCGCCUUGAGCGCCACCUACUACACUGUCGUGGCCUUCCUCGCCUACAUUGUGCUCGCCCUCAUCUACAUUGCACCGCGGCCCAACCUCUGGAUCAAGGCCUUCCAAGUUCGCAACACAAAACUCAACCAACGCUUGCCGUUUAUGAUGUGGAUCCCACCUGUCGGUGAUCUCAUCGAGCAAUCAAGGGAUUACCUCGGCUUCUACGCGCGACGCGCAGCCAUGGGCGACAAGUUUGGCGGCUUUAUCAACUGGACCAUGCGUCACCUCCUCGUCUGCGUCCACGAUCCGGAAACAGCCCGCAAGUUCCUCGCCAUGGACGACCUGACCUUCUCGCGCGACUUCUCCAUCUUCUGGGUGGUUAACCAAAUGGCCGGCAAGAGCAUCUUGACGGCGGAUGGCGAGGACUGGCGCAGCCAGCACCGCAUGCUGUACAAGGCCUUUAGCAGCGAGAACCUCGUUGCAUUCCGCCCCGCGUUCACCCACCGUGCCAACGUGCUCGUCAAGAAGCUCUCCGCCUUUGCCAAGACUGGCGAGGUUGUUGACAUCCAGCCACUGCUUGGAGACGCCACGCUGGGCGUGAUCAUGGACUGCGCCUUUGGCGAUUCCCUCAGCGCCGACGACCGCGCCGAGCUGGUCGACAUUUUCAAAUACAUUGUGCUCGAGACCACCAACUUCACGCACCAGCUGCCCAUCAUCAACCGCCUGCCCGGCAUGGGCCGCUACAAGCUGCAGCGCAAGCUCAAGCGCUUCCGCGAGAUUGCCGACCGCGCCAUCGAGUUCCGCAAGACGGUGAGUCCCUUGCAUACACCCGCACAUUGCGUCAUGCCCAUUGUCGUUGUGGUCGUUGUUGUUGUGUACCCAAACGCCGUGGCCAUGCUGAAACAAAACCUACAAGACAACAAGGUUGCCGACAGGUGCGAGGUGUUCGAGGGAGACAACCGCACGUUCCCACUGGCCAACAUUGCUGAUCGCGUCAACCUCGGCCUCAUUCCAACAAGCAAGGCCAGCUGGCCCGUGGCUGUGCGGGUGCUUCGACAAGACACUGGCGGGUGGUUGCAUAUCCACGAGAACGUCGAGUACGACAAGGAGACUGAGCAGAAACAAGCACAUGAGCUCUUUGCCGCGCACGUUGCACGUGACAUCAAGUCUUUGCUUGAGGCACGUGAUGUCUCCACUUCCCUGCCACCUAUGCCGUCGUCAUCAGCAGCAACAACGACGCCGACAACAGCACAGGCCACACCAGCGCCAUCAGAAGAGAUAGCAGCAGCACCAUCGUCGCUGUCAUCGUGGGAGGUGCACGUGCGCCACAUUGAAUGCGUCAAAUCAUAUGCUCCACGCGUCGAUCAUGUUGUGUUUGAUGUGGAGUGCCGUCCCUGUCACAGCUGAACCUGCAGCCGUGCUUUCCAUUCUGCUGGCAUCGUGCAAUUCACGUUGGACAAGGUUUAUUAUUUGUCACAUUCAAGCAACAGCUGUAACAGCCGUGGUAGCACAGCUUUGGCCUGUUUGCGAACAUGCGCCGAGGGCCAGGAAUCAGUGCGACACAUGUGUGGACCGCUGGUGAUCAGCUUAGGGGAGCAUUUCAUUGAGAGAGGGAGAGAGAGAGGUAAAUAAUAAACGACCC